CAUAACUACUCCUACAAGAAAACUACAAAUAAAAUAAUAUAAAACACUCGAAAGUAAAUUUUACAAGUCUUCAGACUCUCUCUCUCUCUUUUAGGGUUUCUGAGAAUCGAUCUCAAUCGAACUCCGAAAAAAACUCAAUAAUCAAUAUGGAAGGUGAUGGGAAAUUGGAGGCGCAAAUUGAGGUGCUUCUGAAUGUAGAGAAGCAGAUGAGGCAAGCUGGCGAUGUCGCUGCUACUAGAAAAGCAGCUAUAGACAUUCUUCAGCUUUGCUUCGAAGCUCGCGCAUGGAAAACUUUAAAUGAACAGAUUGUUCUAUUGUCUAAGCGCCGUGGACAAUUGAAACAGGCUGUACAGGCCAUGGUCCAACAGGCCAUGCAAUACAUUGACCAGACGCCCGAUCUUGACACCAAGAUAGAACUUAUCAAAACACUGAACAGUGUGUCUGCUGGAAAGAUAUACGUUGAGAUUGAGAGAGCUCGCUUGAUUAAGAAGCUCGCAAAGAUUAAAGAAGAACAAAAACUCAUAGGCGAGGCUGCUGAUUUGAUGCAAGAAGUUGCUGUUGAAACCUUUGGAGCGAUGGCAAAAACUGAAAAGAUAGCCUUUAUUCUUGAACAAGUUCGUCUAUGCUUAGAUCAUAAAGAUUAUGUUCGUGCUCAAAUUCUCUCGAGAAAGAUCAAUCCCAGAGUGUUUGAAGCUGAUCCAUCUAAAGAAAAGAAGAAAGCAAAGGAGGGUGAAAAUGUGGUUGAGGAACCUGCUGCAGAUAUUCCGUCACUGCCAGAGUUGAAGCAGAUCUACUAUCAAUUAAUGAUUAGGUAUUACUCACAUAGCAAUGAUUACCUUGAAAUAUGUCGCUGUUACAAGGCUAUAUAUGAGAUCCCUUCCGUGAAAGAAGACCCAGCACAGUGGAUACCAGUUCUGAGGAAAAUUUGCUGGUACUUGGUAUUGUCUCCCCAUGAUUCUAUGCAAUCAAGUCUUCAUAACUCAACUUUGGAGGACAAAAAUCUUUCAGAAAUUCCUCAUUUCAGGCUGCUUCUGAAGCAAUUGAUUACCAUGGAAGUCAUUCAGUGGACUGCUUUAUGGAACACAUUCAAGGAUGAGUUUGAAAAUGAGAAGAAUAUGCCUGGUGGCACUUUGGGGGACAAGGCUGCUGAAGACCUCAAACUGAGAGUUAUUGAGCACAACAUCCUUGUCGUCUCAAAAUACUACUCAAGAAUAACCUUGAAGAGGCUGGCUGUUUUACUGUGCCUCGAUAUUCAGGAAGCGGAGAAGCACCUAUCUGAAAUGGUUGUAUCAAAAGCUUUGGUUGCUAAAAUAGACAGACCUAUGGGUAUUGUCUGUUUCCAACCCCCAAAAGACAGCAAUGAUAUCUUGAAUUCUUGGGCGUCUAAUUUGGAGAAGCUGCUUGACCUUGUCGAAAAGAGUUGCCACCAGAUCCACAAAGAAACAAUGGUGCACAAAGCUGCUUUAAAGGCUUAGAAGACUUUGAUCGGACAACUCUACUGGUAGGAGCCAAGCCGAGCCUCACAUCAAUUAUAGCAAUUCCGGUCUGGACGUUCAUUGUGACAAAGUUGAAAUCCUUUUUGCAGUACUCUCUAUUCUGAGAAACAAGCAACAAGAGCAAAAACUCGCAAAUCUUGAUUCCUCUGCCUGUACUAUCACGAUUUGCCUGCUUGCUUUUCUCGUUGUCGGAGUUUCAUUUUCUUCCCCCAUUUUGUAUCUUUAUCUGACGUUUCUCCGCAUGAUUUAUUCAUUGUGAUCAGCAAAAAUUUAGGUUUGAUGCCAAGAGAUCAGAGAUGUCAAGUUCCAUUAAUUGCUUAUUUACUCAUCAUCACAUUCAUUAGCGCUGUAGUUUUAUUUUGUAAUGCAUCCUUCUUUAGGGGUUAGCAAAAGGAAAAUGGCUUUCUUUUCCCCUUUUAAAA